GCUACUUUGCUGAAUGAGUUUGAUACCUUAGUAGGAACAAAAUCGAUUCAUGUACUUUUUCAGCUACUGAAGUUCUAAGGAAGACGACUACUGAAGUCAAAGAUUACCAUGGACGGAGAGAAAAGUGGUGUGCACAAUGAAUUUGACCUCUUCAUGACAAGCACACACAACCACCUGUUCCAGCACAACCAUAGUGAUGAGAUGGAUGACCUGCUUGGAGCCUCUACUAUCGUGGGAAACACUGAUGAUGCCAACGUUGUUGUUGCAGACCAUGACAACAAUGAUGGAGAGACCCAUACUGAGCAGAGAAUGGCCACAAGGCGUGCAAAGUAUCAUCGUCUGCACAGUGAACAAAUCCAACAACUUGAAGCUGUGUUUCGGGACUGCCCUUAUCCAGAUGAGAAACUCCGGAAGGACCUUAGCGAGAGGCUUGGCAUGAGUGCCCAGCAGGUCAAGUUUUGGUUCCAAAAUAAACGCACCUUCAGCAAGGGCAAGAUGCAGCGGUGGGAGACCCAAAAUUGUUGGGUAGAAAACGAGAAGCUGAAAACUGAACGUCAAGCCAUCAUGUUGGCUAUGCAAAACAAGACUUGCCUCAAAUGCAGAGGGGUGGUGGUACAAACACAGCAUACUUCGGAGUUCCAACGCCUAUACACUGAGAAUAUGAGGCUCAAGGAAGAACUCCUACAUGCCACUGCCUAUCUUAAAGAGGGUAUUCGCCAAAAUGGCAUGUCACUCCCAUGGGCCCGCGACUGACCAUACCGUCUUCGGUCUUAGCCAACAUUCAUUCCGCUGCAUGAACUAUAGUUUUACUUGGUUCCUCAUCUAGAAAAUAAUGCGCCAUGUUGUGUGUGUAUGUACAUGACUUGGUCGCUUGUCUAUUUAUUUCCAUAGGCUCUCAUGGUUGCUACGUGGGAUGGCACGAGAUAUGGCAAUCAUGGCAGCAAUGUAGGGGCAGUAGGAUGAGCGUCUUUGGGAUGGCAUUGCCGUGAAGCUCGGUCCAACGCCCGUCUUUGUCUCUUUGAGUUUGUAACAGAACAGAUCAAGCAGAUGCCAAUAAAUAGAGAAAACAA